AUGCAUUCUGAUCUCGACGACAUCGCAUCGCCGCGCGCCACGCCACGGACAGCAACGGACGCUCGCUCUCAGCACCACGAAGCGCCGAACGAGAUCAGACGAGGAAGCGCGUUCGUCGUCGCACUCGGCCAGCUGCAGCUCCGCCACCGACUCGCCCACCCGCGCCCUCGCAUCCGCCUCUGCGAGCUUAUCAAAUCCCCCCUCGUCGCGUUGCCCCGCUCUGUGUCCGCACCAGCAACGCCGCCUCCCCCGCCCCGCCCCGCCUCCGCCUUCCUUCCCCGACCUACACUGGUAAUACGCCUACUUAUCAACCGCCCGCUCCGCCAAGUCUUUCCCUCUCGUCCAACGUACCCAUGCGAGCCCGGGUACGCGUACAUCGUAUCUGCAUGCAUGGCCUCUGAGCGCUCAUCAUACAUCUCCCUUGAUCUUGAUUUUCUUCCUCUCUUCCUGGAUGCCGCACUCAGACUCGCCCGGAGAAUUUCUGACAUGCACACGGUCGAGCGCGCGCCUAUGCAGCUCAGCCGUUCUCAAGCGCCGGGCGCUGUCUGUUUCCGUCCCUCCACCUUGUUGCACUUAUCGAUCUCUGCAUCCACGUGGGAUUCACCGGCCGACUUCUAUCCUCCUCUUCCUCCUUGGCGCAUCCUCUGGGCACCACCCCACGACCGCUGGGGUUCCGGCGGUCCUUUCCUCAAUGACUUGCUUGGGCCGGAUGGGGCACCCUGA